UAACUAUUAUUCAUUCUACACUCUAGCAGCAGCAGUAGCACCGGUCGACCCAGCUAUAAAAUGAUUCGAUGGAGAGUUAUACUAGGACAGUGUGUUUAUGUCGGACUGCCGACAAGUGCUUGCGCUGCCCCUCCUCAUGCUAGUUGUUCCAGGCUGCUCUUGUUAGCUGUAUAUUCUUGCUUCUUGAAAUUGUACGCGCUCCGUUGUUUUGUGGACUUUAUCCAAGUUCGUAUUCAUCGAGAUGGCUACGUUGUCGAGAUCAUGUCAGCUUCUUGUAGCAGCGGUCCUCAUCGUCGCCACGUUCGUCAGCAUCGUGGAAAGCUCGAGGAACACUCGCCCCUACGCCAGGCCACGGGGAAGCAGUCGACACCUCGGGAAUCUUCGAUAUGGGACGGAAGGUCGCCGAAGGUCUCAGGACCCGUUCAGAACUCCAGGCUUCAUCCCCAACCCAGCACCUGAGCUACCAUCAGCCACACGAGUCAAGAACGCAGGAAACUGGUUCCAGAACUUCAUCGCCAGCAAACAUGCCAGCAACAACCCGCCCAACUCAGGCCCAGAGCAUUCAACCGACCAUGGUGCUGGUGACCAGGAAAAGGUGGUCGUACGUCCACCUAUCAUCAAAUCAGGAUCCGUUGUCACUAGCCCAACCAUCACCAUGAUUUUCCUUGAGACCAUUGAUGCCAGGAAGAGGAAUUCAUCAAGAUUUCAACAACCCACACAACCUGAGAGAUCUCAAGAGGAGGAGGAGGCGGUGACUAACGAAGCUACCACACUCCCAAGUAACCCGAGACCAAGUAGAAGAGCAUUCACUGCUGAUGAACUCCGUAUCCAGUGCGGAGGACCGAACGAAGCAGGCCUUACCGAUGAAUGCUACCGAUUCGAACUGCCCGCCGAUCUUAACAACAACGCCGUCGUUAUCAGCGGUGCGGUCGUCCUCUUGCCGGCGGGAAACCGUUUCCCUGCUCCCCGUCAGAGAACCGUCCAUCACAAUGUCACUAUCGUAGCUAAAUUCCCGACAUCAGGAGAAUAUGCCUACAGAGAGAGUAUUUCUGUCCAGAACAUCUCCUACGACAUACCUUGGAAAUGGAAGAGUGCUUCCCUCCCACAAGGCUCUUCCCUCGUUUCUCGCGCACUCCAAGAAGACAACACACUCCUUCUCAAACUCUCCGUCAUCAGCAAUGACAACGGACAACCAACCACCAGUAAUUUCAUCCCUAUGGAGUCCAACAUGCUUCCCGUGCUGGUGGUCGACAUCGAAUUCAAUGGGACGGAUUCGUCAACGACCUCAUCGACGACGACGACAGCGACAUUGCGUACCACACAGGCCAACGUGCUGGAAAGACAAUUACGGAAGCGAAGGACAGUACUGCGCGCCACAGAAGACACUCCACCAAACAACACAGUGACAUGCUCAGGGUAUCCGGGAUGCUGUCGUCGGACGAUGGAUGUUUCAUUCUCCGAUCUGGGUUGGAGUUGGAUGGUUGCACCUCGAAGACUUACAACGAGUGUUUGCAUCGGAUCGUGUCUCGCACCAAACAUGACCUUCGAAAGCUUUAUGGUCAAUCUUAUGCAGGGCCAUGGGCGUCCAUCGUCAAGAGAUGAGCGCAGAUGCCGUCCGUCGCGCACCGACCAUUUCGACGCGCUCGUGAUCAACGAAGAUGGCGACAUCCAAAUGAUGAGAUUGCCCGACUUCAUUGUCCGCGAAUGCGCAUGUGCUGAAAAUCAGAGGGAGACCAAGGUACCCCCUGUAGCGCCGACUGAGGGUAAGCACGUGUAGGACUCCUUUAAGAUGCGCACGUCCAGAUAAACGGGUAUUUUUAUAAUUCAUAAUCUCAUUUUGAUAGCCACCCACUGUAAAGAAAAACAAAAGCAGGGGUGAUUACGAAUGAAGUUUACCUUAGUUUUGAAUAAAAUUAAACUUGGAGAUUUAGAAGAGCAUUACAAACUAGAUCCAACGAAUUUUUAAAGUUAAUUUAUGUCCUGCGAUGACGCUUUAUUUGGUACGUACUUAAUAUUGAAGGGCUAGACAAAUUUAUUCCUUCUUUUUAAAACUUUACUUUACCUUUCUCUAAUAAUGCUCGAGUGAUAACUGUAAAAGGAGUUUUGACAAGAUACGAUUUCUAAUUGAAAUGAUGUAAACAUGUAAGCAAUAAAGUGAUCCUUAAUCAUAUCCCUUGAAAAGUGGGUUUUGUAUAUCUCUACUUCACGAAAACGUAGAAAGGCAUGAUGAAACAUUCUGGUUGUCAAAAGGUUGGAUCAACCCUCGACCGAUUGUUUUCUAGGUAAUUCGAUCAGCAGUAAACCCGAAUUAGAAACGGCGAGUUGCCUCAAUCUUAUGUUCGAAAACCUUGAACUAUGAGUUCUAUCACACGUCAUACCAUGAAUGAUGAGAAAAACUGAUUUUGUAAAGGUCAAAAACAUACUGAGUAGGCUUGAACUUUAAAGUGAUUUUUAUGGAACGAGUUACCUUUUUGACGUAAUCGAAGGGGUGUCGUUUUGUAAAGGAAUUGUUUCUUAUGUUGGCUUAGAAUAUGAGAAAAUUAUUCCAAAAGGUUUCCAGAAAAAUCAAAGUGUUAGGAAAAAUAGUCAACGUUACUGUGGGAAACAUUCAAAGUCCAUUUCCCAAAACAAAAAGUAGGCCUGUAACAAAAAUCGCAGUUCAUAUCAGACUGGAAUAAAUCAAAGAAACUAUCAUAUGAUGAGUAGCAGGAGUAAUUUAACAGUAAUUCCAAGUUAUUGUCACCAUUCAUACAAUCCUGUUUUCCAUAAACCUUGUGACUGAUUUUUCAAAGUUUAUUUUCAAAUAUUGAAUAAUACGUACAAUUUGCCAAAAUUUUUGUUGUGACAAUAUCGUUUAUUUAGUGUUAUCAUCGAAUUUCAGGAUCUAGUAUUAAGUGAAAGCAUAAUGAGUAGAAAAUAUAUUGUUUUCUGUAAUAAUUGCUAAAGGAGGAAGAUUUGAUCUAAAUUCCUAAUUUUAAAAAGUCACAUUAUUAUUUCUCACAUUUACAUUUGAUUUACCUAACAAUUAGAGUCCUGUGAUAUUAUUGAUUUAUAUAAAAUUGUUCUAAUACUUGAAUGAUAAUGAUGGUCAUACUUGAUUGUAUAAGUCAAUAAUAGCACUUAUUUGCAAACUUUAGAAACAGAAUAUAGGAAUGUUUUUUGGUGAAGUUUUCUUUUAAAUGUAUUAUGUCCACAGAUAGUUCGUGUUUAUUUAUGAAUAGUUUUUAAAUAGUUUUUAUGUAUGAAAUGAAGACGGAACCAAAGGCUUUUUGGUAGUGAGAAUCAAAUUUAUAUAUUCAAUCGGACAUUUAAAAUGUAGACAAUGAAGCAUGUAACGCAGAGAAUAUCAGUUUGCUUGAAAGAACGUUUACUCUUAUGGCAAAAUGCACAUCAUGCUAGCUUUUUACAUGAGCGCGCAUCAUUGUACAGCACUGUCUAAAAUUUCUAAUGAUAAGAACAAAACAAAACUGAUAAACAAAUGAGGAAAAAAAAUAAUUUCAUUUUAAUCCCAAAGAAAAUGCAAUUACUCUCUGCUUGUAACCAAAAUCCAUAUCACUGCAAAUAUCAUAAAGGUUUAAAUGAGCACUAAUAUCAAGGAGCUAUAGACGGAUUGAAUCAUGAACGAAAAAAAAAGGGAUUUGCCGUUGCAGCAAGAAAUUUGUGACACCAAAACUGUAUUGCUUACCCUGUACAUAUAGCACCUACAUUUCAGGCACACAAUAUUUAAUUAACUCCUGUGAAUAAGGACCCAGUAUUUCUUAUAUGUCAAUAAGUUACCCAAGUUGCCCUACCAUAAAAUCAGCGCAUGAAGGCAUGUUCACUUUUCAUUAAUGUCCAUGCUCUCAGACCUACCUCAUUUAAGCUAUUAUUCAAAGCCCUGAUGUAUAGUCAACAUAAAUCCCACUGUAACGUGUAAAGAUCUAUGUGGUAUAUAAACAUGUCAUAUGUUUAACCAUGUACAAGCAAACUUAAUCUGAAUUUAUCCUUAAUCCAUUUGAUAACUAAUAACUAACAGUGACUUCGAUCUUAGGGAUUUUUUUUCUUUGGAAGAACGCAUUAUGCUGAUAUUACAACGCGGUGUAAAUAGGAUUGAUAUAAAGUGUCAAACUGAUGUAUAGUUGAACUGGAACUUCGAGACCGUGCCUUAUAUUUGCCAUAUCUUACAAAGACUGACAUUUAUACGGACAUCAUGCAUGUCAAUUGACGUCUCACACGAACACAUUCGUUAUCGGCAUUUUAACCAUCGAAACGAGCAAGUCUGUAAUAAGCACGUACACCCGAGCGUACGCAGUCACCUUCCUCUCUCGUGCGAUGUGUAUUACAGUCAGUUUCUCGACACCCUCAAAAGUCUAAGUUCAUGGACAUCUUAUAAAAACGCGUGUUAAUUCCAUAACACACGUUUCAACAGGAUAUCCAAGAAGUAGUUAUGACGGUUUCGAGAAACUACCCCCUGGAUUUCACAUAAAUUGUUGGCGUGACGUUCAUUGCUCAGUGGAACUGCUCGUUUCGCAUAAUUUGAAAAAAGCUAAUAUUUAUAUCUAUAUCCACCCCUGAUGGUGCUCAAGGCGCCUAAAAGUGCUAGUAUACCCUGGUCUUUAAUGCUUUUUUCUAUUGGUCACAUUACCUUUAAUAUCGUAUUAAAAAAACUAAAAGCAGGUUUUUGAAUUAAUACCAAUCAUUUGUAUAAAACAGAAUAUAAAAAUAUAAUACUUCAAAUAUUAUUCUAAUGGAAAUGUGGACAAACAUGGAACAAUUUGAUGUAAGAAUAGGACAUUGUUAUAGUCUAGCAAAAUAAGGUAGGCCUAUCGUAACGUAUAGUUUAAGAUUACUUUUUCCCUAAAUGGUCAUGAUCAAAUAUAGUUUCCAUCUAACGAGACUCGGCCUGGAGAGUUGAUAAGGAAUUUGGCUCGAAAAGGAUUUUUGUUUGGUCUCGAAGUCUACGGUAGGCCAUAUGCUGUAUUAAUACAAAUUACGGAACUCUUUACUGCAUAGCAUUGGCAGUACAGCUCUAUAUCUGAUGUAGCAUCACACAUAUGUUAUCUAAAUCAUGUCGAAAUAUACUUGGAAUUGUUUGUCACUGAUUUCAAACGUACUUAUAUCGAUUGUAGCUAUAAUAGCCAUAGUCUCAGUCUUGUAGUCCCUCUACCUCAAAUUGCUGUACGAAACAUAUAGUGGACAAAAAUGUAACGCUUUUGCCAACUAACACGAAAACUGCUGCGCUAUGUUUAGACGAAUGAGCCUGUAUAGUCACUUCUAUUUCGCUUAGCUAUAAGAACCGAAAUUAUGAGAGUAAUACAAGAAACGAAAA